AUGCAGCAGACUUCUCAGUCCGCCACAAGCGCGUGCGGUGGUCUCGUACAGCUAAUUGGGCAGCUGCAAUGCUGUGUGUCGUUCCGCGGUACCAGCAUCACUGCGAUCUGCUGCAUCACCAAGUCUGAUCUAAACCUACUUGGUCUCGACUGGAUUGAACAACUUGGGUUGGCCGAUAUGCCGCUCCGCGUUGUUUGCAGUCAGGUGCAGAUUCCCGCUGUGCUUGCAGAUCAAGCCAAGGACAUUCUCCGACGGUUUGCUCCAGUGUUCCAAGACGGCCUGGGUCGUUGCACAUACACUCAAACCGUGCUACAUCUGUCUCCUGGAAGUCAACCAGUCUUCCGUCCAAAGCGACCAGUCCCAUAUGCAGCCCUACCACUUGUCGAGGCUGAACUGAAACGUCUAGAGGAACUGGGAGUUCUGGUUCCUGUAUCCUACUCCGCCUGGGCCGCUCCAAUCGUUGUGGUUAAGAAGCCCAAUAGCUCGGUCCGCAUUUGUGCUGACUUCUCCACCGGUCUCAAUGCCGCGCUGACGCCGAACUGCUAUCCACUACCGGUUCCGGCUGAUCUUUUCACCCUGCUGAAUGGUGGCACUUGCCUUGCCAAGUUGGAUCUCGCCGAUGCGUAUCUGCAGAUCGAGGUCGCCCCAGAGUCGCGCGAAUUGUUGACCAUCAACACCCACCGCGGUCUGUUCCAAUACACCAGGCUACCCUUUGGUGUCAAGACCACCCCGGCCCUAUUCCAACAAACGAUGAACGCAAUGCUCUCCGGCAUCCCUGGCACAGCUGGGUACCUGGACGACAUCAUCAUCGUGGGUCGCUCCCCUGCCGAGCUGCAAGACCGAGUGUGCGCAGUACUCGAACGCGUGCAGGAAUAUGGCUUUCGCCUACGGGCCGAUAAGUGCCAAUUCUUCCUCGACUCCAUCAAGUACCUUGGAUUCGUUUUUGACGUCAAUGGUCGCCAUCCAGAUCCUGAAAACAUUUGGGCCAUCCAGCAGAUGCCUGCCCCCAAGAAUGUAUCGCAACUUCGUUCGUUCCUUGGCCUGAUCAGCUACUAUAGCGCCUUCCUACCAUCGCUGCAUGACGUACGGGCCCCGCUCAACCGUCUGUUGCAGAAGGAUGCUUCCUGGUGCUGGUCCCCCGACUGUGAAAAGGCCUUCGCCCAGCUAAAGUCGAUGCUGAGUUCAGAUCUGCUGCUCACGCACUACGACCCGACGCUGCAGAUCGUUGUUGCUGCAGAUGCUUCCAACCACGGAGUUGGUGCCGUCAUCUCACAUACUUUUCCUGAUGGGUCUGAAAAGGCGAUCAUGCAUGCAUCUCGCACGUUAACCCCUGCGGAGAAAAACUAUGGGCAAAUAGAGAAAGAGGCUCUAGCCCUCGUGUUUGCUGUCAAGAAAUUUCACAAACUAUUGUACGGUCGCCACUUCACGUUGUUGACGGAUCACAAACCGUUGCUGUCAAUCUUCGGUUCGAAGAAGGGCAUUCCCGUCUACUCAGCCAGCCGACUUCAGCGAUGGGCAACCAUCCUUCUUGGCUACGAUUUCGACAUUCGCUACUGUCGUACUACAGACUUUGGUCAGGCUGACGCCCUUUCUCGCCUCAUCAGCAAUCAGCAGGAACCGGAGGAAGAUACCGUGAUUGCAGCUAUUUCGAUUGAGGACGAUGUGCGCCGUCAGCUAUCAGACGCCAUACGAGGUAUCCCCGUCACUGCCGCGGACAUCCGACGUGCUACUGAACAGGACCCUGUCCUCCGCCAGGCCAUCACCUACGUGCAGACCUGCUGGCCAACCACUGCUCUCGCUGGCGAUCUUCGCCAGCUCUUCCUCCGCCGAGCAUCGCUAUCUGUGGUUGACUCCUGCCUCAUGUUUGCAGACCGUGUGGUGAUCCCAUCUUCCCUCCGACCCACUGUACUACGCCAGCUCCAUGCGGCUCAUCCUGGUACCAGCCGAAUGAAGUCUAUUGCUCGCAGUUUUGCCUACCGGCCGGGUAUGGACGGCGACAUCGACGACCUGGUUCGACGCUGUUCUCGAUGUCAGCAAGCUGCCAAGAUGCCGCCUCGUCAACCGCCAGUACCCUGGGAACCACCAGAGAGGCCUUGGUCACGCGUGCACAUCGACUUCGCUGGCCCACUUAACGGAGUCUCCUACCUAAUCUUGUUUGACGCCUACUCGAAAUGGCCCGAGAUUGCUCCGCUGAAUCCAGCAACCGCAUCUUCCACUAUCGCCUUCCUACGACGCAUCUUUAGCCAACAUGGCUUACCAGAAGUCAUGGUUUCAGAUAAUGGCUCUCAGUUUACUUCGUCGUCGUUUGAGGAUUUCUGCCGCCAGCACAACAUCCAGCAUCUUCGCUCCCCGCCCUACCAUCCUCAGUCUAACGGUCAGGCGGAACGUUUUGUCGACACGUUUAAGAGAGCCCUCUUGAAAGCUCGUGGGGAGGGGACCACGGACGAGAUAGUCCAGGCAUUCCUGUUUUCCUACAGGACAACACCGAACCCGGCGUCCCCUGGUGGCGUUUCUCCUGCCGAAGCGUUGAUGGGCCGAAAACUGCGUACAACUUUUCACGCCCUCGUCCCUACCGGUGCGCAGCCUGCGCAGACUUCUCCAGUCUCUCGCAGCAAGCUCUCCAUCGGAACGCCUGUCUUCGCCCGUGAUUAUCGAGCGGAGUUCCCAGACUGGAUUGAAGCAACCGUGGUAGCGCACAGAGGCAGUAUGUUGUUUGACGUCGACGUUUUUGGUGAAAUCUGA